UAAGUCCGCUCGCGCGCUUAUCAAACUAGAGCGGAACUAAAGUUCACGGGUUGGCUUUCCGCCGGGACAUUAUUUCCUGAAGCUCUGUUUCCAAGCCUUUUGUGUUCCAGGCAAAUCAUUUCUUCGGGUUGAGCGGCUGCUGGGAUCGCGAGUGUCAACUUUGAGGCCAUGGGUGACGAGACGAUACUCAAGACUUUGCUCUAUACCGUCAAUUCCCUCUUGCAGCAGCGGAGACACCAGGCUGCGCUGGCGGUACUCAAGGGCUUCCGCAACGGAGCGGUUUAUGGAGUGAAAAUCCGCGCCCCUCAUGCUUUGGUAAUGACAUUUCUCUUCAAAAGUGGAAGCCUAAUGGAGAAAUUGAAAGCAAUUGUUCAAGCCACCUACAUUCAUUCCAAAAAUCUGGCCUGUUUUGUAUUCACUUAUAAGGGUUUGAUGGCUGUGCAGUCACGAAUGCAGGGAAAGAAGAUUCCAUUUCAGUCUUUCCUGGCAGCCUGCAUUGCGGGCUGGUUGUUGUUUGGGGAAAAUAAUAAUAUUAACAGCCAGAUAAAUAUGUAUUUAUUAUCUCGUAUCCUGUUUGGCUUGUCUCGAUUGGCAGUGGAGAAAGGUUAUAUCCCACAGCCCAAACAAGAUCCCUUCCCACUUUUUGCUGCUGUGGUUUGGGGGAUUGUUCUUUGGCUCUUUGAGUAUCACCGGCACACUCUACAACCAUCACUACAAUCAUCCAUGACCUACCUGUAUGAUGACAGUAAUGUUUGGCAUGAUAUUUCUGACUUCCUUGUAUAUAACAAAAGACCUACUACCAAAUAAUCCUGACAACGAUUUGGAUAAUGACACAUUCCAAUGGUAGUUAAAAAGACGUAUAUCUGAACAUCCUUUACUGAAUGUUUACUUGUAUUAACAUUGGAUAUGAAUGUCUACUUGAAGUCUAUCCACAAUGUUUGGUGUAGAUUGCUUAUUUCUACUGAUUAGAGCUUGAAAAGGGGGCAUUUUAUAAGCAAAAUGGUUUGUUCCUCUUUUCUGCAAGACACCCAGUUUCCCUUUCUAUGCUAACAGCUGAGGAAAAUAUAAAAAUGUAAAUGCAUUGUUUUAAAAUCAAGAAAAAUACAUUGAAUAUAUAAAGUUAAAGUAUCAGAUGAUAUGAGUAACUUUUCUGCAAUUUAUGUGCACAAAGUCACCUACAAUUUCCUUAGUAAGCAACAAAUGAAAUAACUAAAUUCUCUGCAUGGUGGAUAUCAUUUGACAAUGAUCUUGGUCUGCAAAUACGGUACUUCCGUUUUGUUUAUCCAUGCCUCUUUCCUAGAUUAUAAGGGCAGAUAACAGCAUCAAGCCAAUUUUAAAGGUUGUUUUUUUUUUAAUUAAUAGGCUCGUUUUUAAUCCAAUUACAUAAAUAUGACACAGGAAUUGGUUUUGUUUUUUUUUAAGUACACCAUCUUACAAAACACUUAAGAUUUGGUAACUUACAAACAGAUGAAAGUAAGGUCUUGUUUCUUGGGAUCAUAAAACAAAAGAAGAAAGUAGAUAGCAGGGUGAACAUAGGAGUGCUGUCAAACAGGUUAAUCUUGCAAUAUCCUGCAUUAUGGUGGGGGGAAGAAAGGGGUAAAUACCAAAAAAACUUUUCCUUGAUUGAAACUCUUCCAGAUGGAAAAUAACGCAACCAUACAUAGCUAGAACUAUUGUUGCAGUUGUCAUGGUCUGAUCAUAGAGCCAACAGGUAGACUUUUGUUUAGCAAUCUACCAAAAGUGCCAAAUGACUACUAGAUUUUAUCUCAUUGUUUUAUUAAUGAAUGCAGAUAACUGUGGAUUGCAUUUUUUGAAAUAUUUAUAAUCUAAUCAUGUGGACUGGCUAAAACAGGUUUUCCUUGGUCCAGUGUUGGACAGAUGUACAGAAAAAGAAAUGUGGAUUUCUUAUUUUAAAAGAACAAGAAAUGGGACUUAUAGAUGAAAUGGAGGAUCUUGCAAAAUUAAUUUUCAUAGAAAACUUAGAUCUUCCUAAAAUGUUAAUUUUUUUUUAAUUUCAUCUUUUUAUAUCAGCAUGAAUACUACACUGGGUCACCUCAUGCAUACAAACACACACACACACACACACUAUUGCUUCUACUACUACUAAAGAGGUAUGGUUUAUGAAUUAAAAUGUCUGUUAUCCUAAUCUCAUUUUAGAAUAGUCUUUUUCAAUACAAUGAAUCUAUAAUGAAGAUUCUGUGUCUAAACUCAAAUACUUGAAGCAGCUCUUUUUAGUUGGAGGAAGCAAAUGUACUUUUGUAUGUGCUGGAGGGUUAAUUGAAACAAGAUGGUUAAUAGGAAAACUCUGGUUAAAAAUAAAACAAGACUGAUCAUAAAGCACUUAAAAUUUUAGUGUAUUGGUUAGGCUGUUGUCACUGAAUUCCAAUUUAUCAUUGUAAACUUGCUAAUGGUGAUUAAUAUAAUAUAUUUGAGAGCCAAUGAAGUUUCGUAUUUAAUUUAUAGGACUAUAACAUUGCUGUGGUUUGGUAAUUGUUUUAUCAUAUCUGUAUUUAGUUUCCUUGUUUGAUAUAUAUAUUAUCUUGUACCAAGUGUCUGUUCUCAUCAGAUUAUCUGUGGAAAUCUGUUUUAUUUUCUCCUUUCUGAAUUCCUCCAAUACAAAUAUUUGAAAGCCAUCAUGGCCACCCUACCAAAGUUGCUGUCACAUCAUGUUAUAUGUUCAAAGGAAUAAAUACCAAUCAGCUUCUGAA